CCAAGGCAUCACCCUAACUCACAGCACCCUCAGACUCCUGGGCUCACGCUCUUCUCUGCUUCAGCCUCUCAAGUAGCUGGGACUACAGGUACUCACCACAAUGCCCAGAUAAUUUUUCUAUUUCUAGUAGAGAUGGGGUCUCACUCUUGCUCAGGCUGUUUUUCAACUCCUGAGCUCAUGUAAUCUCCCGUCUUGGCCUCCCAGAGUGCUAGAAUUGCAGGCAUGACCACAGCAUCAAGUCUUGUGUGAGUCCUCUGUGUCACAGGAAGCUCCACACCCCCAUCUGGUGAUCAAAGGCCUGACUGGUCACACGUAGUGGGUCAUUCCAGUUCCACCCAGACCUCAUGGCUCAAGUCUUCUUGGGACACCCUCUGACAUGGACUGGACGCUGUUGUUUAUCUUCAUCAUGGCCCAUCCAGGAUCCUCUGCUCUCUGGGUGUUCCAGCCGCCCGAAAUUCGUACACAAGAAGGAUCUCCUGCCUUCCUGCCCUGCUCCUUUAAUGCUGGCCGAGGGAGACUGGCCAUUGGCUUUGUCAAAUGGUUCCAAGACAAGGUGGCUCCAGGGAAGGAGGUGAGCAAUGGGACCCCAGAGUUCAGGGGCCGCCUGGCCCCCCUUCCCUCUUCCCGCUUUCUUUGUGACCACCAGGCUGAGCUGCAGAUCUUGAACACCCGAAGCCGUGAUGCUGGCAUCUAUGUGUGCAGGGUGGAGGUCCUGGGCCUGGGUGUCGGGACAGGGAAUGGGACUCGGCUGGUGGUAGAGAAAGGUGAGGCUUUGGGAGUCAGGGAUCCUCUCGGGAAGCCCUCUGCCUUACGCCCCUCCUGCGCCUGUGCACACUUCCUCCUCAAGGCCCCAUUUACCAAGCCCCUUUCUCUUCUCUGCCCCCAUCCAGGACAUGCUCAGCUAGGGAUUGGCACAGUCCUCCUCCUUCGGGCAGGACUCUAUGCCUUCAGUUUUCUGUCUGUGGCCAUGGGCAGUAUCCUCUACUACCAGGGCAAAUGCCACUGUCACAUGGGAACACACUGCCACUCCUUGGACAGCCUCUGAAGAGUCAUUCCAGACCCUAGUGAUCCCAAACCCUCUUCAAAAGACCCCAAUAAAUCCCUCUCUGCCCCAUCACUAACUCCUCCUUAUGAGUCUCUUGGACUUUCUUUUCCGUUCUCCAGAUGCCCCGUAUUCCUCUCCCUGGAUUCCCCCAGCUCUUAACUCCUUCCCCCAAGUCUGACUUGCAGUGCUCCAAGGAGGAAGCUUCCCAGCUCCUGUGCCUAGGACCAUUCCCACUACUGUCCA